CCAACAGUUUUACCAGUUGAAAUGAAAUUGGUUGAUAAACAAGUUCACUCUUGAAACAAAAACUCAGUUCAUAUGUCUUGUUAACCCAAGUUGGUACGUUUUUAAGGUGACUUUAUGAAGAAAUAGUACAAACUCACCGCCAAAGUGUCAAGUAGAUUAUUGUACUUACCACUCCGACAUGACAACACAAACAAUUUUCUCUUAUCAAGAUUGCUCCCUAGUUAAUGGUACUACUACUACUAGAAAGAAAUAGUAAUAGUUCAACAUAAAAAGAGUACAUUCCCAACUCUUUGUUCUCUAUAUAUUUUUUUUCAAGAAUCCAAUUAUGUGGUCAUCAAGCAGGUCUUCUUCAUCUUCAUCUUCAUCUCAUUCCCCAUUUUCUCCAAGACUCAAAACAAUGGAAGAAGUGUGGAAAGAUAUUAAUCUUUCUUCACUUCAAGAUCACACUACUAAUUACUCUAAAGAUCAUCAACAUCAUCUUCAUGAUCAUAAUCAUCAAGGUGCUAAUUUUGGUGGAAUGAUUUUACAAGAAUUUUUGGCUAGGCCUUUUGCUAAUGAAUCUUCACCAGCAGCAGCAGCCUCCCCUGUUUCAGCUACAACUAUGCUGAAUUUGAACUCUGUUCCAGAGCUUCAUUUCUUUGAUAACCCUUUAAGGCAAAACUCAAUCUUGCACCAACCAAAUGUUAGUGGAAGAAAAAGGGUUGUACCUGAAACAGAGGACAAUUCUACAGGGGACAGAAGAAAUCAGAGGAUGAUCAAGAACAGAGAGUCUGCUUCUAGAUCAAGAGCUAGAAAGCAGGCCUAUUUGAAUGAGUUGGAGACGGAAGUGGCACAUUUAGUUGAAGAAAAUGCAAGGCUCAAGAAGCAGCAGCAACAGUUACGCUUAGCUGCAGCUAUUCAAGUUCCAAAAAAGAACUCUCUUCAUCGGACGUCAACCGCUCCAUUUUGAGAAAAGAAAGGCCUCUUAUUAUAAUUUGUCGUUAGAGUAUUAAGAAGGGAAAAAUAGAAAGACGGUUUAGUCUUUUAUGGCAAUGAAAACAAUCACCAGCAAACAAGCUGGAAUUCGUAUUUCUGUAUCUAUUCAUUUGUUCCAUCCAUCCCUUUCUAUCUAAAUUUG